AUGAUUAGUCAAAUUUUACCUACAGACGUCGAACAUGGUUCGGUACCGACACAUUCAACGGAUAACAGCUAUGGUUCGACCAUAAGUUUUCAGGCAAUUAAUUACGUUUUACCCCAUCCGACAUGCUGCAAUUGUAUUCCAAAACCGUGUUCGAAAAUACAUCAACAACAGAUUCUUUACGAUAUAUCAGGAGUGUUUAAACCAGGUAUGAAUGCGAUUCUUGGACCGACAGGAAGUGGAAAAUCGUCAUUAUUGGAUAUUCUUGCCGAUCGAAAAGACCGUCACGGUCUUGAAGGACAAGUAUUGAUUGAUGGACAAGUGCAGACAUUUGAUUUCAAGUAUCGGGUGGGUUAUGUUGUUCAAGAUGAUAUUAUCAGUGGUAACUUAACCGUGCGAGAGAAUCUACUGUUCUCGGCUAAUACUCGAAUGUCUCGAAAAGUUUCGUCCCAUGAGAAGCUGGCAAUUGUUAAUGAAGUUAUCGAGCAAUUGGGUUUGGAGAAAUGUGCGAAUAGGAAAGUGGGGACUGAACUACGGCGGGGAAUUUCCGGUGGUGAACGAAGACGAACGAAUAUUGGUAUGGAAUUGGUACUCUCACCUCGAGUGCUCUUUUUAGAUGAACCAACUACCGGGUUGGAUUCAUCCACAGCUCGCAAUGUAAUGGUAUAUCUGCAAAAGUUAUCCAGGAAAGGCCGAACAAUUAUUUUCUCCAUUCAUCAACCACGCUAUUCAAUCUUCAGAUUGUUCGACACUUUGUUUCUUGUUGCUGCUGGUCGUUGUAUUUACCAUGGACCCAGUCAAUCUGUUCUUUCAUAUUUUGACUCCAUCGGUUUUCAAUGCGAGAAUCACAAUAAUCCUGCGGAUUUUCUUCUUGAUGUUUGUCAAGGUGAUUAUCCACUUAAUCUUCCGUCGUCGAAUAUUCAGGAAGCUAGUGAUCCUGAUAAACAGGCACAGCAAAUCGACCAAUAUUUAUACGAUAAUUAUAAAAAGUCGACCUUGUGUACGAUGAUCAAACAAGAAAUUGCCGAGUUGGGUUCGUCGGCCAAUUCUCCUGAAGCAACGACUUAUGGAGCAUCACAAGUGCCAAAAAAAUCUCGUCUAGCCGAAGUGUUUUAUGUUGCACAACGAACGCUUCGGAAUGCAUUUCGAAAUCCCGCAUUAAUCGGUAUGCAAACAGGUGUCUCGAUCUUUCUCGGUAUACUCAUCGGAUUGAUCUACAUUCAAAUGGAUCGUUCGGUCGAUACGGGUGUGAAAAAUCGUCUCGGUGCGAUAUUUUUUAUUGUUACCAAUCAAAUCUUCGGCAGUCUCUCCGCGCUCGAUCUCUUCAUCAAAGAGCGUCCACUAUUUCAACACGAAAAUGUCAGUGGCUACUACCAUGUGUCGACAUAUUUUCUCGCAAAAAUUCUUUGUGAUAUUAUUCCACUACGAACGAUUCCAACAAUAUUCUUCUCGUCAAUCGCGUAUUUUAUGAUUGGAUUCCAGAGACAAGUAACGAAGUUCUUUAUAUUUUUCCUGGGCAUCUACAUGACUUCGCUUUGUGCCUCAUCAUUCUGCUUUUUAGUUUCGGCGAGUGUACGAGUUUACGCUGUGGCCAAUCUACUCGCUGCCAUGUAUUGUGUUCUGACGUUGAUUUUCAGUGGAUUUCUUGUAGAAGUAACAUCGGUGACGGAAUUUCUUUCCUGGAUUAAAUGGAUUAGCAUCUUUCGAUACUCCACGAAUUUAUUUUCCAUUAAUGAGUUUACCGAUUUAAAACUGUGUUUACCAAAUGAUACAAAUACCUGUAACAUUGAUGGGUCAGAAAUUUUGAAACAACAGAAUAUUGAUGCAUCGACCGACUGGGAUCUCUGGAAGAAUUUCGUAGCAUUAGCAGGACUCAUGUUAGGUUUCCUAUUUUUAACUUAUAUUCAGUUACUUCGCAUGAAGAAAACCAAAUGA